CCGAGCCGCACCGGGCUGGGGUGCGAGGCUUUUAGGGGCGGUGGCUUGCACGGGAAGAGGCUCCCGGAGCUGUAAGCCGGCCCCGUGCCGGAGGAGGAGCCGGCUGGGGGUGCCCGGAGAUGCCGAGAGCCCUGCGGAGGGCAGGACGGAGGAGAUGGAGCGGCUGGGGGCGAACGGCAGCUGCAGCAACGGGUCUCUGCUCACCCUUUCGUGCCUUUCCCACAAAGUUGUGUGCCAGGUGAUCAGUGGUGUUGAUCCCGCUGGCUCAGUCCAUGAUAAUGGGACUUCGGAUACCUCCUGGGUAGCUCAGCUGGAAAGCAAUUAUGGAUUCUACAUUGGCUUGGGCCUGGCUGUCUUCUCCAGUUUCCUCAUCGGAAGCAGCGUCAUCCUCAAGAAGAAGGGGCUGCUACGGCUGGUGGAGAAGGGAGGCACCAGGGCAGGAGAUGGAGGCCACGGCUACCUGAAGGACUGGCUCUGGUGGGCUGGCUUGUUAACCAUGGGUGGAGGGGAAGCUGCCAACUUUGCUGCCUAUGCCUUUGCUCCUGCGACUAUUGUCACGCCUCUGGGAGCCCUGAGCGUGCUCAUAAGUGCCAUCCUGUCUUCGUAUUUGCUUGGAGAGAGGCUCAACCUGCUGGGAAAGCUGGGCUGCAUGCUGAGCCUCGUGGGAAGCACCGUGAUGGUGAUACAUGCCCCAGAAGACGAGGAGGUCACCACUCUGGAUGAAAUGUUGUCUAAGCUGAAAGAGCCAGGUUUCCUUGCUUAUGCUGCGAUCCUGUUGGCUGUGUGCUUCCUCCUGAUCUUCUACCUUGCACCCCGCUAUGGCCAGAGCAACAUCCUCAUCUACCUCACCAUCUGCUCCGUGAUAGGUGCCUUCUCCGUGUCCUCAGUCAAAGGCCUGGGUAUAGCCAUCAAGGGCUUCUUUGCUGACCAGCCUGUGCUGCAGCACCCACUGACAUGGAUCUUGGUCAUCACAUUGGUAGCGUCCAUCACUACCCAAAUUAACUACCUCAAUAAGUCUUUAGACAUUUUUAACACCUCGCUGGUGUUUCCCAUCUACUAUGUGCUGUUUACCACCAUCGUCAUCACAACCUCCAUCAUCCUCUUUAAGGAAUGGGUCGCCAUGACUGUAGUGGACAUCAUUGGGACAGUUUGUGGCUUCCUCACCAUCAUUUUGGGAGUUUUUUUACUCCAUGCCUUCAAAGAUGUGGAUGUCAGUUUAGGGAAUCUGCCACAGAUCCUCCAGAACGAGCAGCAGGCACCAGUCACCCGAGAUGACAAGAACAUCCUGAUAGAGGUGGACAACUCCAGCAUCGCUCCAGAGGAUAAACCCAAAGUAUUCAUGAUUUAUACCUAGCACUUUGUAUUCAAGGGUUUAAAGGUUGGGUGAAAACUGCUCUGAAUGGGGUCGAUGUCAGUAUUCCAGAUGCUGUUGAGCAAUUUUAAAAAGGAACAGCAAAGGCUAAAACUAACAGUGUCUCAUCCAAGGUUUGGCAGUCAAGCCAAGUCUUUCACUGGGUUUUAGACUGGAUCUUUGUCAUGGGAUAUUCUUAAUUGUCACCAGGCUUUAAUAUGCACAGCCAUUGAAAAUGAAAAUCUUCUUGAAAUGGGCCAAAGACCCUCUUUGAUGCUCCUUCCCAUCUCUUCUUUUUGGCAGGGCUAAUGCUUGCUCUGCACUCCUUCCCCUGGGUGGAGAUACCAUUGAUGUGUUUAUUUCCAGACCCUGAUUAAUUCAUUGAUUAGUGUUUUUCUGUUUGGUUUUUUCCUUUCUAGACACUCGCAUGAACUCUAAAAUACACAACAGUGACUCAAACGAAGCUGAAAGAAAAGGACUGAAGGAUGUACUCCUGCUACUCAGAUUCUGCUCAUCCAUGUUUAAUUACUUACUCUGAAAAUAUGAACUCAGAAUAUUGGUGAAUAUUGUCAAAAUAUGAUGAAUUUUGGAAUAAGUGUUCACCACAGGACCCAAGCCAUGAAGUGUUUACACAAGCAUAUGGAAGAUAAAUCUUUUUACACUUCUGGUGAGGUGCAGGAGUUUCCCUGAAGCACAGUGUUAAUUAGUUUUAUGUGUUGUGGUUUGUUGUGAUUUUUUUCCCUUAGGAACCAUAGUGCCUAGGCUGUGUUGAUGCUGUUGGUGAAGCUACAGAGCCUGAUCCAGACCUCCCUGAGCGAGGGGCAGCCCCUGCUCAGGCUGGAGAGCUCUGGCAGGUAAACCCCAUGUCAGGAGAACACCUUCUGCAGGAUUUUUUGGGGGUCAGUGAAAAAUCUUUUCAGCCUGAAAGAUCAAACAGGUGUAAAUUUUAAGGUCAUUUUUCUUAAUAAAUGUCUUAACCUCGGAGAGCCCCCUCAGCUUUUUGAGAGGCAUUUACUAUUGCUUUUCAGCUUUCCUAUGACUUGUCCUGCUAUCAUUUAAGCUGAAAAGUUGUUUUUGUUUAGAGGGAGGCCUGAGCUGCAUGUUAAAAGCCAAACAAGCCUAGGUGGGUGAUGCUCUGCAGAGCUAUAGAGCUGCAGUUUAUCCUAGAGUGAUCCCAUCCACCCCCUCCAUCUCUGUGGAUCUGAUUUAAAUGAUAUAUGAACUCCCUCACUUCCAACUCCCCCCCACCCCUUGUAUUUGUAUUGGUGGUGGGGAUGAAGGGAUGGAAAAAAUAACAUUUUGAGCUUGGAGGAGGAAAAAAAAAAAAAAAAAAAAAGAUAUUAAAAAAGAUAUUGCAUUUAAAAUUUCUCCCAUUUUGCUGCUAGGUCCCAUAGAACAGGGAGACUGGAGCCCAUUUUCUCACAGCAGAUCCGAAACCAGAAUCGGAAAAGCCUAAUCCAGGUGUGCCAGGUUUACACAGCCUGGAGGAUGCUGCUGAUCUCGUUUUAGCUGGUCUGGAUGUCACUGGAGAAAUGUGAUUUGCAGUUAGGGUGGGGAGGAGGAUACAAGCUCUUAUUUUAAUAACAUUUCAGUACUUUUUUUUUUUUUUUGAAGGUGUAAAGGGAAAUAAAGACUUUUUCAAAAAC